UAAUUCAGCACAAUUUUUCCGUGGACCAGUCUAUUACCAUUCCUACCUAACGCAUAAACCAUGGAUGAGGCAUUGAAGAAUGAAAUUGUUUCGUGUAUUGAGAAAUCUGUGAAUUCGGAAUUUUUUUCUGAAGUGAAAAUCGAUUUUGCUGGCACCAACGAAAAAGGAGAAGGGUAUGUGGCAGAUUUCAUCUUUGCAACUGUUCGUGGAAUCGACAAGGAUAAUAAAACGAAAGAGAUCCACUUGGCUGUCAAGUAUGGAAAAAGAGGCAAAGAGUUCAGAGACAAUAUGAUGUUCAUAACGGAUGGUUACAAGAGGGAAAUAUUUGUCUACGACAAAAUAUUUGGAGCGUUCAAGAAAUUUCAAAGGCAAAAGAACAUGACGGAUACAUUCAGUUCUGUUCCUAAAUGUUAUGGGACCUUUUUAUCUGACAACAUAGAAGCCUUAGUUUUGGAAAAUUUGAAACAGAAAGGACUCAAAUUGCACUCUGCCACGGUUCCAAUGAACAUGCAACAUAUUCGUUUGGUUCUGAAAAAUUACGCUGAAUUGCAUGCUUUGUCGUUCGCUCUUCGUGAUCAAGACAAGGAAUCUUUCGAUGAGAUAGCAGCUGAUCUCAAAUCAAUAAUGAUAUCAUUCAUUUCAAAUACUGACGUUUUCAAGGGAAACGAUCAUUUAUCCAUUAAGUUGAGAGAAAUUGGAAGAGAAGAUUUAGCAAUAAAAUAUGAGAAUAAAAUGGAGAAAAGCAAGGAUAUUGUUCUUUUGCAAGUCCUGGAGGAUGUCCCUCAAGAGUCAGUUGUAACCCAUGGAGACUGCCACAACAAUAAUUUUCUCUUCAAGUACAAGGAUAACGACCAGGAGAACCCACAGUGUGUGGUUAUUAUCGACUGGCAGGUUUCCGAACUUCACUCACCAGUCCUGGACCUUUCAUAUUUCUUGUAUUCUGCUGCAUCCCAUGAAGUACUCUCCCAGCUGAAAGAUGUUCUCAAAUUCUACCAUCUUCAUUUGACAGAAUUUAUGCAGAAGUUAGGAUCCGAUGCUGGCAAAAUAUUUCCGUGGGACACGCUAGUACAACAUUGGAGAAAAUAUUCCAGUUAUGGAUUCACUAUGUCAACAAGUGUAUUAGGAAUGCAUUUCAGCGACAAAGGAGAUGAUCCAUCGAUUGAGGAUUUCGGAAAUAACUCUCGAAAAGAAAAAUCAGAUGUGAAAAUCAUAAAUGAGGAUUUGUACAAUGAGAGGCUGAUUGCUAUUGCAUGA